UUGGACAUUCUCUCACACAAACACACUGAUUCACACACACAUUUAAAGUGUUCAUGAAGGAGGGAACUGUGCGUUUAUAGCCUGCUACAGUUGCGUACCGAUGUCUCAGACUAUGACGAACAGCACCACCCCCACAUUUCAACUCUGACCUCAAGGAUUUGGAUAGAAACAGAGUGAGGGAGAGAGGGAUAGACACAGACAAGAAACAGGAGGUGGGUUCCGGGACUUCUUGUUGCAGUCAGACAGAGGUGGCUGAUCUACGGCUGUUGAGAGACAGUCUUGGUAAGUCUGCAUAAAGCCACUGGCAAGUCAGCUCAGAGCAACACUGCCCUGAGAAUCUGGGGUUAUUUGCAUCUGUACUCAUCUCGAGGAAAUGUGAAGUGGCUGAAGAGAAAAGACAAGAAAAAAGGAAAGCAAGAACACAAUCUACUGCCUUCGCGGAGAAGCCAAAGGCACACACAGAAACCGGAGCAAAGCAAAAAGGAAAGCACUGAAGAAGAUAAAGUCAAAAACAGGGAGAAAAUCAAGAACGGCGCAAGAUCCAAGACUCAAGCUGCAGCCAGUCGAAACCAGUGGAAUGGACCUAGGUGCCAGCUGGAUUAAUCCCUGCGUACCCACAGUGCUGUCUGAGGAGGAGGGCUGAGGAUCUGCUGCAACGACAGCCAACUCCUGAAUGAGGAUGAAUGGAGAUGUUCUUUAGCUAAGCCUCAAGACAACUCGCUUGCAAAGUCCACCUCUGUGUGAGCUGGGACAACACUUGCUAACAGCUGGAGGAGGAGGAGGAGAGGAGCCAGGGGGACCAGAGCACUGCUGGUGCUGCUGCCCCGGAGGAGACGCAAGGGAGUGGGCAGGACACUGAGGAGGAACAGGGCUCUGAAGAAGGGCACGAGGGAGGAGGAGAGGUGGCGGGGGUCAGGCGUCGCAUGGCCGUGCAGAGGAUAGUGGCGGCAGCGGUGGUAGUAGCCCUGCUGUCCCUAGUCCUAAACAAUGUUGCAGCCUUCACGCCCAGCUGGGUCCUGCAGGCCCUGGAGGACGGACGCAAGCGGAGUGUGGGACUAUGGAGGAUGUGCCCCACUGGUGGAGAAAGGGGCCGCGAUGAUAUCCAGGCUGUUAGAAGGGGGCAGGGGACACAGAGGCAGUGCGAAGGCCUGGGAUGGGGCUCUGAGUAUGCAGGCUACCAAGAGUCCCGCAGCACUGUUAAAUUGCAGUUUGACAUGAUGCGGGCGUGUAACCUGAUGGCGACGGUGGCCCUGACAGCUGGUCAGCUGAUCUUCCUCCUAGGCCUGAUGGAGCUGCCCUUCAUCACACAGGAAUCACAGUGGUGGGAGGAGGCCAUUGCUGCACUCUUCCAGCUAGCCAGUUUUGUGCUGGUGAUUGGACUUGUGACCUUCUACAGAAUUGGGCCCUACACACACCUGUCCUACUCCUGCUACUUGGAAAUAGCAGCUUGUCUGCUGACCACACUGGCUGCAGCCAUGCUUAUCUGGAACAUUUUACAUCGUCGGGAUGACUGCCUCGCACCUCGAGUUAUUAUCAUCAGUCAGUCACUGGCAUCACCUUUCCACCCACGUCUAGACAAUGACUAUGUGGAGUCACCUUGCUGAGCCGCCUGACUUCACAAGCACAGGCAAACGGGAGUAAAAGAUUACAGGACUGUCAACUAUACGUUUUAUUUCACUCAUUUGCUUCUAGUGUGACUCUCAAGAGAAGAGGACAUUCCUGUGGCUCAACAACAGCUGGACUAACAUGUACCUGCAAUUGUAAAACUCUAUAUUUCUAUUUCCAGUAUAAGAUAAUUAUUUUGCUGCUUAGUGCACACAGAUUUAACUAAAUUGUCUGUAUAAAGCAGCCCUAAACUUAAAAACAGACUCAAUACUGUAUGAUGUUCAUUUAUUCAUGCUUGGACAAAUUAAUUAGUUGCUAAGGAUGUCAUUUGGAUCAGGACUGUCUGAUAUGAAACAUCCUGCCUAUGAAAAGAUCAAGCUGGAACUUGACCUAUUUUGUUAUAUGUGCACUUAUUAAAUGGUCUCCUGCAUAAUUAUAAAUUGGAAAUUUUGAAAGAUGUUGGAAAUGUAAUACCAGAAUACCUCAUAUUUCUUUUCAUCCAUUUAAAGCUUAUUACAGUUCUAAUACAUAUUAUUAUUAAUGAUAUAUGCUGCAAGUAGGUAGGUAAACUAACAAGGUAAAAGUGGAGUAGUCUAUCAAACUAUUUGAUUGGGUUUACCCAAAUCAGUGACAAUAUUUAACUGUAAAACAGCCAAUGAGAAGUGGUAUUUUGAUCAAAUAAACAAGUACCUUUAGAAAGACAGGAGGGAAUAUUCUUGCAGCCACAUGACUUUUAUUUUUACUCUUGAAAAAGGGAAAAUAAAUAGACAACCUGCCAAUUAAUGCAUUGUUAUGUGAACCGAUUGCAACAAAUGUUUGUACUGCAAUUUGAUAUGACAUACAUAUUUCAAGAAGUUCAUUUUCAUGAUGCUUUCCAUAUGAAACUCUGCUCGCUUGUGGUACAUAACAUAUACUUAAAUUAAUAUAAUAUAGUUGUACAAAGAAUAGUGCCAUCAUUAGUAGUAGUAGUAGUAUUAUUGUGAGCAUAUCAUACUUCUCCAAGGAACUUCAGGUUACUGAGGGUCAUCCACAUUGUCAAAUAUAAGGCCACAUUAAAAUAAUAAUAUAUCAUAUAAAUUCAAUAAAUUUAUUGGUAAAUAUUCAAA